UGAGCCAAGUGGAAUGACAAGUUCCUAUGUGGGAGACCAACACGAAGAGGAGAAUGAGGGAAUGUAGCAGAGGUUCCUCCCACUCAACGAGCGGCGGCAGUGUCGUCCUGUAACUGUGCCUGUGCCUCUGUCACUGGCAUUAUCGCGCCGUCCCUUCUCCCACCCCGGCAGCAGUGCGGGAACCCGGGGAGGCGCCAGCCGGACCCAGUACGCUGCCUACCUCCGCGCGGGGAGCUACCUGUGCCAGUCGCCGCGGCUCCCACAACACGUGGACGCCUUCAAUGCCAUCGUGGGUAUUUCACUACAUUCCCAAGUCUGCCCGUGUUACGCUGCCUUCCAAACAUGCAGUAUGAGUCACGGGAAGCUCGCGGCGACGCUCUCUUUAGCUCCAUCAAACCUUGGGGUCAAUGACAUUGCCAUAACAGAGACUAACUCUGAGGGGAGUGAACUCGCCAAUUAAAUGAAACUGUGCACCGUGCCUUACCUCGACCCUUGUUGCCUCUUGGCCGCGCCGCCCGUGACACGCCCGUGUCACAGUGCACUCUCUCACGCAGAUAAAGAUAAGGAAACAAAGAGCGAGAAGAGCCCAAGGAGCCGCGCUUCUGCCUGAUGAGCCACGAGCGCCAGUGACCACAGCGCGCUAGGUCAAGAUUCUCAGGUGUGUACGCAGUGCCGCACGAACUGAGCUGAUGCCCCUGUGCGUGGAGGUAGUGGUGGGGGGCUGUGCCGUGUCCGGGGUGCUGCGGGCCCCGGGAACACCUCCCACCCCAAUGAAGGUGCCGGCGAGAAAACGACUCUGCUGCAGACCCGCGCCCUACACACUCAGGGAUGGGUCGGCGUGUCGCGCGUUGCAGCAGCUGAGAGGGGCAGUGGAGAAGGAGUCAAUGGCGCCCUCGCUGGGGUGCGGCGCGGCGCGGGCUGGCGGAGGCGGGGGCGGCGGCGGGCGUCCUCUAGUGGCCCGCCUGCCCCUCACCCACCACGCCCAGCUGCACACACUGGCCGACCUGCUUGACGGCUGCCCCAAGGCGGAUCCCUUUGCCCACCAAGACACCAAAAUGAAGGCGGUGUCCAAGUGCCGAGGGUGCGACAGCUUCACGCUCUGCAGUCUGCUCUUUGGUUACGAGGAGCAAGAGAACACCUUGGACAUCGAGAAGCUGACGCCGACAGCACUGCAUGUGGCCUGCCUGCUUCCCCAGCCCGGCCCACUCGUCACCAAGAUGGUGGGCGUCGGUGUGGCUGUCAAUGAGCCUAACGUGCUGGGCCAGACUCCCCUCCACGCUCUCCUGCUGGGGGAUGUGAGAAGCACCUCGCUGGUGGACGCGCUGUGCAAGUUGCUGGCUCAUGGUGCUGACGUCAGCGUCAGGGACAACGCUGGAGAGACGCCACUCCACCUCGUCCGGAACCUCCUACGGCAGGGACUGUACCAGAGGGCGGCACAGGUGGCCAAAAUCCUGCUGCAGGCUGGCGCUCAAGUGGACGCCGCCAAUAAUGAGGGGCGCACGCUGCUGACUUACAGCGUGGAGCACCUGGACGACUCGUUGCCGCUGACCCGCGCUCUGUUCAACCACGGUGCGUCCGCGUGGGGCGCCGCUGACGGCACCGACAAGGACCAGAGUGUGUUCACCUGGUUCCUCAAAGCUGUGAUCACCCACCGCCGUGUGGAAAACUGCGCCUACACGGUGGCCAUCCUCUCUCACAUGAUGGCAGACAACCCCCACAGGAUGCACCAGCAUGUGCUACGGACCAUGUUCAGGCAGUCCCGCUGCUAUAAGGUGCUGGGCCCGGUGUUCCUGGAGCUGAAGACACUCAUGAUGCCACACUGGACGCAGCCACCUACCCUCACCUUCCUCUGCUGGCGAACAGUGCGCCACUCUCUCACACCAAAGAGAAUACAGUCUGGGGCGCCCCAGCUCGGCCUGCCCCCACCCCUCGAGUCCUACAUUCUGCUGGGAGAGCCCGGCAACACCUACACCUCCAGCGGCAACGUCCACUCCUAGCCCCAGGGCGGCGGCGCCUUACGGAACAAAGACUUCGCACAACAUUCGCUGGUGUUGAUCUGGCUGUGGUGGUGCAGGUGGCCGGCGGUAGUGGUGGUGGUGGUGGUGGUGGUGUGGCUGCGGCGCCGCGACAAGCAGUGUAGUGCAGGCGUGCUGGACAGCGGAUAGCGGGCACUGUACUUUACACUGUCCAUGUUCUUCCUUCCAUCGGUGUUGUGUGCGCGGUGCGGGAGGGAAUGUUUUGUAGCCAUGGCGCGGUGAAGACCACACGAGCCAAUGACAAUGCCGCAGAGCUUCUCCGUGUUCCACGUCUUUAAGCCAUUCUUCCGAAAUGCAUCGCCCAAUGUCGACAUGUCCUCCCGCAGCGGUACACGGCUGUGGAUAUCUUUUUGUUUCCCUGGUGAGUGUUGUGUCAGUGAGUGUGUGCGUCUGGGCGUGGUGUGAGCGUACACCACGGCGUGUGUCUUGGCGUAGCGUACCCCAAAGUGUUCCCGUGGGCGUGGUGUGGCCCGUGGCGUGCGUCACGGGCGUGGUGAUGGGCAACAGAGGUGCCUAUCACUGCUAGCACAGGGUUCCAAUCGCCACGGUUCACUGUGCCUUCCUUCACAGCAACAUUCAGCGCAACGAGACGCAUCUUUGUACUCAAUGUAUACAAGCUAAGCUCACCGCGAGGCAUCCUAACAUUUAGGCGUGCCACUCUGAUCUUCCGCGGCACACUGCCAUGCAUACUGCCAAGCAUACUUCUCAUUUGGACGCAGCGCGGGACUCUCGCCGACACGCCCACGCACAACUGUCACAGUGUUUGGAGCGCGCCAAUCUCCGCCGCGCCGUGACAGCCCUAGAGGACCAUCACUGCUCGCUGGACGCCACGCAACAUACAUAUUACACAGUCCCCUCUCCUCUAUUAGUGAGACCCAAUAAACACUGAACACAUUUCAUAGUUCCAUGGAGUCACGUGUCCUAGAUCUUCGUCACGAUUAAAGAGUGUGGCAUCGCGGCGACCCUCCAGGGACACACACACACACACACACACACACACACACACACACACACACACAUAAACAGACUAGUCGUGUCCCUGAGACGGGCGUCGCCGUCCUCCGAAUUCCCAGGAGCAGGUGCACCGUUACUCAGGGCUCACUGGCGGCAGCUUCUCACCUCUCUCGCUCUACCAGCAUAGCUCAGCUCAAUAUUGUUUCAAUCUCUACAGUCGGUGGUGGCGCAUUUUAUACAGAGCAGUCGGUACAUACAGUACAGUACAGUACACACUAUACAUACACACUUCGGGCUGGCCUGGCUAUGUGGAUCCCUCAACAAUACUCAGGUGUUACGACUCUGUGAAUCACGUCUUGUUCGUUCUUGCCCAGACCAAACAGGUCCGCCUUGUCCCCGAGUCCCCGCGAGGCGUUGUUGUUUUGUUCAGGAGUGCAGUGCUUGCAGCAGCCGCCGCCUCCACGCUCAGCAUUUACACAGCCUAGUGUUAGGAGAAGGCCACACCCCGUCAGCAGGGGAGGGACCAGGAGGGACGGCAUUUACCUGGAAUCACAUCGUGUACAUAAAGUGCCUCAUCACUGUCCGUCAUGACGUGGGUGAGGGGCACGGCACGGCACGGCACGGCUCGGUGCGUGCGAUCGAGAGGUGUCGCUCAGAGGGACGGCGGCUCCGGCGACGAGGCUAAAUGACUCACGCAAGACUAAGACGAGGAGCGGUAACGAGACUGACUGACUGACUCAGACUCAUUGACUAGAGGCAGACAUGUGACUGACAGACGGAGACUCGGCGCGGCGGCCAGUACUUAUCCAGUGAUAGAGGAGCCGGAAGGAGCUGGCUGGCAAGGCGGCGGCGAGGCUGGCUGGCCUGGCGUGUCGGUGGUGCACGCGUCGAGUCCCCACACACCUCUCAUUAUUUUGUAUAUGUGCGCGUCUCAGGCUGAUUUCCAAGCCAACGUGAAGAUAUGUAUAUUUAAUAAUAAAGAGCCUAAAAGGUA